AUGGGCCUCACUCUCGAACUUGGAACUCCCAUCAAUACUGCCCUCUUCCUCUUCAUAUUAUAUUCCGUCCAGCGCAUCGUCUUUCCAUCCCCCGCUGCUGCCGCUAAAGGUGCUGUUCCAAAUGAGUUCAAGGGCGGCUACUCGUGGAUGCCCAAGUACCACCCGCCGACUGUGAUUUUCGAGAACUUUACGCCAAAGACGCUGCAACCUUUCAAUGGCAAGGAUAACGAGAGGAUGCUGUUGGCGAUCAAUGGAAUCGUUUUCGAUGUUACCGCAGGAAGGAGUUUCUAUGGUCCUGGCGGGAUGUAUGGAAAUUUUGCGGGACGCGAUGCGUCAAGGGGGAUGGCGAAGCAGUCGUUCGAUGUUGAGAUGCUUACACCUGUUGACCAGUCUCUGGACAAGCUCGAGGAUCUCAAACAGGACGAGAUCGACAACAUGAAAAGCUGGAUCGACCACUUUUCAAACAAAUACAUCAUCUGCGGCAAACUCGUAGAGAAUGACGCUGCCUAA